GCGGUAGCAGGGCGGGGCCGCAGGGCGGGGCCACAGCAGCAGCCCAAGCAGGAGCCAGCACAAAAGCGGUAGCUUUCAGAAUCGGAAGGAGGGAAGGAGGAAGAGAGGGAGGGAAGAAGCUGGUGAUCCCGCCCCAGCCCAAGUCCAGCCCAAAGCACAGGGCUGACUUUUCCGCCUCGGGCCGGUACUAGCAGCAGCGGGGUGCACUUCCUUUCUCCUUAGGCUUGAGCAGCCCCACUCAAGUCCAGCCGCAGGUCACCAAGAAUGGAAAUCCCUCCGACCCACUACCCGGCCUCCAGGGCGGCCUCGGUGGCAGAGAGCUGCAUCAACUACCAGCAGGGGACCCCCCACAAGUUGUUUCUGGUGCAGACAGUCAAACAAGCCAGCCUAGAGGAUAUUCCAGGAAAAGGACAUAAGUAUCGCCUUAAGUUUUCUGUGGAAGAAAUUAUCCAAAAACAAGUUACAGUGAAUUGCACAGCUGAAGUACUUUACCCUCCAAUGGGACAAGAUUCUGCACCAGAAGUCAACUUUACAUUUGAAGGAGAAAUUGGAAAGAACCCAGAUGAGGAAGAUAACACAUUUUAUCAAAGACUCAAGUCCAUGAAGGAACCACUAGAAGCACAAAAUAUCCCAGACAGUUUUGGAAAUGUACCUUUGGAAAUGAAGCCAGUCCGACAUUUAGCCUGGGUUGCUUGUGGUUAUAUAAUAUGGCAGAAUUCUACUGAAAAUACAUGGUAUAAAAUGGCAAAAAUUCAAACUGUCAAGCAAGUGCAAAGAAAUGAUGACUUCAUUGAGUUAGACUACACCAUUCUACUUCAUGAUAUUGCAUCUCAGGAGAUGAUUCCUUGGCAAAUGCAAGUUCUCUGGCAUCCACAAUAUGGCACUAAAGUAAAACAUAACAGCCGUCUGCCAAAGGAAGCACAAUUGGAAUAAACGAAGACCCUAACCCUGGACGAAGUGUAAACAUGUUCAUUAGUGAUUUGUUUAUGUCUUCUUUGAUAUAUAGCUUAAGUAGUCAGAUAAAUCCCAAAAGUGUCACUUUGUAUGAAUGACCCUGAUUAUAGUACAGUACUUCCAUAAUAAAGAGCAUCACAACGUAUAAGUGUCUUAUCAACAGUAAUAGCACUAUGCAUAUCCCCUAAUAAAAGGCUCUUAACUCCA